AUGUCCUUAUUCAGUCGACUUUUCCCCCAUGCUUUUAUUGCCAUCUUAGCUGUUGUAAGUUUUCAGAUUAAUUUUUCAAUGAAUAGAGGGUGACUUUCAGAUUUUUGCUAUAUAUUUCCGCCUUUAUGAAGUUUUCCUGGUAGAAGAAAUCACAGACGAAGGGAUCGUUUCAUUGCGGGGAAGGAGUGAACAAGAAAUUGUCGAGUACCUUUUGAAAAAGGUUUGUUGAUUUACAUUAUCUUUCUGCAAUUGUAGAAAAAUUGAAAAAUAUAGAGUUUUGCAACGACCAGACCAGAACUUGGAGUAACUUCGAAUCUAGCGCUCCGGAUUUGAAACUACAUCAUUCUGUGUCAUAUUGAAUAGGGUGAUCGCUCAGGAUCACUUGAACUUUAAAUCCAAACUUUUUCCGUGAUAAAAUUGAACUGUAUGCAACGCGGCCGCAAGCACUCCGGCGUUCAGCCUUCAAAAACUCGAAAAAAUGAAAAAGAAACUUUUGAAAUUUGUGAAGAAGGCGUGCGGCAUUUGCCGAAAAGGCGCGCCCAAUCUGUCUGAUUUUGCGGGAAACCAAAAUUAUUUAAUUUCACGAACACUCAAAAUGACUUUUCUCAUUUUUUUCAUGAUAAAAUUUGAUAUUUUGUGAUUUCUUGGUUGGUGAACUGAAUCGCUAAUUUAAAAGCGAUGAUUUCUUAUAUUUUUAAAUCUUUCUCUCUGCGGUUUCUAGGUUUAGGUAUUGAAAAUUCUACAAAAGUCUCAUCAAUAGCGGCUAUUGGCCGGUAUCUCCUUAAAAAAAUAUUUUUUUUUUUCAGAAACACAAAGUCGUCGCGACGCCAUGCAGUCCCACAAACAGUUGCUUCGUCGUCGUCGAUUCUUAUCAUUUUGAAGAUGAAGCGUAAGAUCAAGUUAUGAAAUAUAAAUUCAAUUUUUGAGAUUUCAGCCUAGUUGUAAGGAGAAAUUUAUUACAUCGUGGAAAUUCUGCUUACUCCCUGACCGGCGUGGAGCUUCAACCUCCUCCAAGUGAGCUUUUGAUGCAUUUCUUUCAGAAAGAAUUAGUAGGGAAAUGGGUAGAACUAAGUGGAGUAACUAAGACUCUAAAUUGCGUCCGACCUCAACUAGUUUGCGCUUCAACAAAUAAAUGAACGCAUUGAUAUAAACUUCGAGGAACGGUUGGAAAGUUUCCCAUUUUUGGCCAAAACACUUCUUGGUGUACCAGAAAAAGCUCCGGGUAAUCUCAUCCUCCAAAACUUCCUCGUAUUUAUAAAUAGAAUCUCAAAGAAUACAAAUAACUUAUUUCGAGUGGUUUUUAGGGUUUUAUUUGUAUUUGAAGUGUCCUUUUACAAAAACUAGUGAGUUGGAUUUCCUUGUUUUUUUCUGGGACAACAAGGAGUUUUUCCGCGAAUUUCUAGAAAAAUCCCAAUCGCAUAAUAAACGGACUAUCCUUCAAAAUUCGCUGUGACCAGAUGUUGAAGAAUUAGGUUGAAAAGCAUGAAUUAACCUUCCCAAUUCCAGAAAUAACAUGGCGAAGUGCGGACACUCGCAAGUGGCGCGUGAAUAAACUUGUUGUCGACGCUCGCUACGCCAAAGUGAUGGUAGCCGCAGGCUUUUUCAUGGAGGUACUUUUUCCUCUGUUUUCGGCCUUGUUUGAUCGGAUUUGUUCCAGAGCCUCGAUUUCGACGAGGGUAAACAUCAAGAAGUUCUCAUGGCAGGGCUUGGUGGUGGCGUCAUCAGCAACUUUUUCUCACAGAUUGAUUAUUUGAAUGUGAGAAUAAUUUCAUUAAGCUAGAAGCGUUUUGAUAAGUAGGUCACUUUACUUUUGGGCUGUGACAUUAUUAAAAUUUGGUCAGGAAACUCUUUGAUGUAUCAGGAAAAGAUUCCAAACUGCCUAGCUAUUCAGUUUUCAAGAAGAUGCACUAAAAAUUGGAAGAAAACAUUCAAAAUAUGUUGAAAUAAGGCAUUUUGCAAAUUUGAGCCGUCGUUUCUCGGAAACUGAGAAGAUGUCCAGGUUAAGUGAUUCCGCAUCUUUUUUGGUCCGUCAAUGAACGUUAUGGACCAUUUUCAAGAGAUUUUCAAUCGAAAAAUAAUAAUACCUUGUUUGAGUAGGUUUUUUGAAAAUCUAUAGAAAAAAUUCUGAUCUUUCAAUUUUUUUCUCUCAGAUUUCCACGAUCGCUGUUGAAAUCGAUCCAUUUAUCGUGAACAUCGCCAAGCAGUGGUUCGAUAACGAAGAAACAGCUAACCUUCAAAUCAUUCGAGGCGAUUUUAUUCCCUUCUUGGGAGAGCUACAGCAAGGUUUUCAACCGAAAUUGUGAGCUUAUCACGAAAAUCAUGUUCAGAAACCAAACGCUAUGAUGCGAUCAUUGUCGACGUUUGCCAUUCUGACACCCGGGAGCUUAUCUGUCCUAUAGAAGAAGUUCGGAAUGAAGAAGUUAUUCGGAAGCUUCAAGCGAUCCUCAGCGAGACAGGUUAGUUUUUCAUCAUUUUAUUUUUUUGGUUUCUGAAGAGAUGGGCUGAAUUUUGAACUUUUAACGUCUUUUUUAUCAAAUCACGGAUUAUUAAAGCCAAAAAAAUAUCAUAACAUCCCUGCAGUUCAAAUCCUGACGCAGUAGCAAGAAAAAGCGUGUGCAUUUUAGAAACCCUAUUUUGUUAGAAAAAAAGAACAGUUUCCUGUUGCAAUGAAGUAUUUUAUAAAAAAAUUUUCAGGUACUCUGAUAUUGAAUAUUUGUGCAAUAUCAAACCACGAGCAAAAUGAAGAAGCUCUUCUCAAAGAAUUUGACCCUUUCUUCAACACCUGCUUCCUUCUCAAAUAUCUUCCCAAUCGACGAGUUGUUCUACUCGAAUUGUUUUUUAAAAUGUGAUAUAUUUACAGAUGCUCAUAUGCUCAAAUCGCCCGAAUUGGUCUUGGGAGGAUAACAAAGAACGAUUUUUGAGCAACUUGGAGAAAGUCGACGAUAUUUUCGACUUCAGAUUGACGUCGUUUUUCCAAUAA